CUUGAGUUCAUAGAACAACACAUAACCACACAAAAGCCUCUUUGCCUGUCACGGCUUAGGCAGAGCUUUCCUUUUUUGGCACACAGGCAUUUGACAAAUUAGACCAAAAGUAAACACGAUUAUGUAAAUGUAUGACAAAAAUCAAAUUAUGUGCUUUUCCAAAAGCGCCUUUGUUUGGCUCGAUUGUUCUCCUCCAAUAACGUGGACCCCACAGGGCCAUUGUGAAUUGGGUUAUGCACAAUUUUUGGAGAGGGUGUCAUUGAUUCUCUUCUGUGGAGCCUUGGACUGAAUAACUGAAUAUCGAACAUCAUGGUACAGGAGAUAUGCGUUUUUCUAUUUUCCCUGACGGCUCUUGGUGUCCUUUAUACCAUGAACAAUGUUCCAGCAUUUCAAGAGCCAGUGGUUAUUCUGGAAAUUGGAGUGGCUGUUCUUGUGGCAGUGUUCCUCUUGGUCUUCCUCGCUACUCGCUACAAUCCUCCUAAAGAUCCUUUGUUCUAUGUUUUUGCAGAGUUUUCCUUCACGUGUGUCAUUGACCUUACGAGUGCUCUAGAAUACGAUGGCUACACCUCAGGAUUCAUGGAGUUCUACCAGAAAACAGGGGAGCCGUAUCUCGGCACACCAUAUGCUAUCAUGAUGUGCUACUGGGACGGUAUAGUGCACUUCAUCCUCUACCUGAUGCUAAUACACCGCAUGUCAAACAGGCAACAAUAUCGCACAUUGGGUCUUUUUUGGGCUGGCUCACUGUGUGCCAACAUGAUUGUGUUUGUACCUGGAAUCGUGGUUGGUCAAAAUGACUCAGAGAUCAAUCCUGCCUUCUGGCUCAACAUGCCAUUUCUGUUGGUGCCCAUAUGGGGAGCAGUUUCCUUGUUCACAAGGCCAAGGGAUAUGCCUCUUGUGGGUGCAUCCAAGGCUGAACGUGAGCAGAAAAAAGCCUUAAUCUGGCGCCCCCUGGAUCUUCUCUUUGUGGUUUAUCUAGUGGCUGCCAUGGGAUUCACUAUCUUUAGAGGACUGGCUGUACUUGAUUGCCCGUUAGAAAUCCUCAACAGAUAUGUGACAGAGUAUGAACCAUAUCUGAAGGACCCUGUGGGCUUCCCCAAAGUUAUGAUGUUGCUGCUCCUAUUUCAUGCACUUCCAAUGCUGGGUUCAUUUGCAUAUGGGCUUUGCACACCUGGCUGCACUUGGAUGCUUGAUUGGACGGUAUAUUUUGCAGGUGCUAUUUUACAGUGCCAGUGGUCUCACAUCGGAGCGUCACUGCACCCACGCACUGCAGAAAUGUACAGGAUUCCCAUCACGACUCUGGUGCCCGUCCUCCUUCUCAACCUGCUGUAUGCAGCUGGCCCUAUACUGCUCGCCCUGCGUUGCAAACGAGAGCCGGACUACUUCCUUUCCAUUGCACCUAUGGCCCAAACAAACAAUGAGAAGAAAUUAAGUUAAACCGAUUGAGAAAAACCAAAAACAUUGACAUUAAAUGGAUAGUUCACACAAGUAUUGAAGUUCCAUCAUCAUUUACUAAUGCCGGGUGAACUAUUCCUUUAGAAAAAGUGCAUUUCAAAACAGAAAUAAUUGUGUUUAAUUGGCACAACUGUGUUCCUGUUAAUUUGCUAAUCACGUAGGUUAGGACCUUGCCUUUGAAACGUCUUGAUGGUGUCAGUUGCCAGAGCUACGGCUGUUACUGAUUUCUUCAUGAGAAAAACAACUUUAAAUUGCAUGAAGCUGAGAUCAUUAAACCAUGGCUCAUUCUACCUGUCUGGAGUCAACAAGACCUUUAACACUGCAGUUUAUUAGCCUUCUGUCCUUCACUGUAAAAAUAUCAUGUGCUGCAACUACAGUUUUCUUAUUCCGAUGUAUUUUCCUUGUUCUAUCCAUCUGUUCUAUACAAAUGUCAUCUUAAAUGUAAUACAUGCCAGAACUUUCUCUUGAAUAAUUGAAUGGUCUCAUAUGUAAUAAAACUGAUCCUACAAGAUCUCCAUCUGGA